UUUUUGUUGGUAACAGGAAACUAAAAUGUUUUGGCCUACAAAAUGACGUCACGGGGUUUUGUGCGCUGCGCCCCCUGCCUGAAGAGCGCGUUCCUGCACGCAAGCGCCGGUCAGCUGAUCUGAUGUGCUGUGUCAUCACGUGUCCAUAGCAACCGUCCCCGGACUGAUUGUGAGACUGGCGGAUUCUGGAAGUGAUUUGGAUAAUAUUUCAUUCACAAAUGUAAGACUCUCCGGCGCAGCUGAAGGUCGGGAUGUUGAUGACGCUGAUGUAAAGAGAUGGCGGAGAAGCGUCGCGCCGGUGUCGUGAUCAUGUCCGACUCCAAAUCUGCCGCAGCCGACGGCGAUCAGGAGUUCCUGUCGCAGGCCGGAGUCAGCGCGCUGCUCAGAGGAGCCCUGCUCAAACUGCUCGAGUCCAGACCCGAGGAUCCCGUCGGUUUCCUGGCCGAACAUUUCGGUCAUUUGUCGUCGGAGGCUGAUGACGGAGGAGCGGAGCAUCAGAGCGUGAGCCGCGCGCUCUGGCACCUGAGUCUCGCGCAUCACUCGCAGAGGUCAGCAUUUAACAACAACGUCCGUGUGGCGUAUGAGCUGCUGACGCAGGGCGUCCCGUGUCGUGUGAGCGGCGGUGGCGGUGUGCGCGGGCGUCUGUACUCGGAGAUGCUGCGGUGUCUGUGCAGUGAAGGCGGGCUCUCGGGCUCCACCGCCGCUCCGCUCCUGCGCCGCAUCCAGAGCCACGACUACGAGGCCGUGCCCUUCGAGCUCUUCCGGCAGGGCGUCCUGACCUGCGCCGUGUUCGCCGACUACAUCCGUAAGUCCCAGUGUCUGUACGCGGCGGUGGCCAGCGCUCCGGACCGUCCCGCCGAGAGGACGCUGUGCCAGGCGGUGCUCUCCACCCUCCGCGAGGCGCUGGAGACGGCGGACGGCACCGACGUGGCGCGGUAUCUGGAGGCCAGUGCCAAAAUCUCUCCUGCCAAAGUGGCGCAGGCCAUGGCGGAGGUUCAUCCGCGCGCGCAGCUGCAGGACGGUCCCACGAUGGACGCGCAGGAGUUUGAAGACGCCGCCGCAGCGCUCUUCAUCGCUCGAGUGCGAAUCGUCACCUGAAAUCACCAAAAGUUUAGCAUGGAUCGUUACUAUUGAGAACUAAGCGUAUUGCACAAACUAGAUGAAGUAAUUUCAUAAAAAGAAAACAAGUUGAGUCGAACAGCAUUCACGUUUUUACUUCUAGAUGCAUUUUUACAUUGUUCAAACAUAUGCAUUUUCUCAAACCAUUUCACGUCACACUGCAAAAGAUUUCAGUGUUAUUUUCUAGUACAAAUAAAGAUGCAUUUAUUAGAGAAACAAAAUGACAAAAUAUUAACUCUUGUUUUGUGAAAAAAUGAUUAAAUAUACUUAAUUUAAAAAGGUCUUUAAAAAGGGUCUUUCAAAAGUCUUAAUUCAUCCAUUCACAAAUUAAGACCUUUAAGUGCAAAAACGUUUAAAUUCAUAGUCGUGGCAUUAAAUAUUGCAUGCAUUGCAAAUAUAAAUAAAUAAAUAAAUGCAUAAAGAAAGAAAAUAUCUUCCUCAGUAUUUUUGCCUUGCUUUCCAGUACAAAUAUAUGAACAUCCUUAAAUUGAGAUACAUUUACUGAAAACAAAAUGACAUAUGAGGUCUUUUAUUCUGAAAAAUGAUCCAUGAUUAGGUGAGUUUAUGCUUAAAACAAGAAAGUCAGGUCAGAAAAAUAAACAAAAAUAGAAGUUAUUAAAUUCAUAAUGUUGUGGCAUUAAAUAUUGCAUGCAUUACAAAAAAAUAAAAAUAAAUAUAUAUAUAAAAAUUGUGAAGACUUUUAGAUUUAACAUUUAUAGAAAAAAGAAUAAACAAUACUUAAACAAUAUAUAUAUAUAUUAUAUAUAUAUAUAUAUAUAUAUAUAUAUAAACUCACUUCAUUUGGAUGCAUUUUUUUUAGAAAACUUAUAUAACUUUUUUUUUUCAGAAAAAAGAAAAACAAAAUCUGUACAUUUUAAUAUUUUGUAAGUUUGCUUCUCAAGUAUCUUGAUUUUACUGUUUUUAGAUAUUUGUAAUGAUCAACAAAACAAAAACACUAAGUAAGAAUACACAAAAUAUCAAAUAUAAUAAAAAAUAAUUACUAGAUUUUUAUCACCGUCCAAUGAGAAACACAUUAAUAUCACAUCAGCUUCUACAAAAUUAACUUAAAUCUUAGUUUUAAGGAUUUUGAGAUGCAAAAUAAAGAUAUGAAGAUUUGAAAACAUGAAGUCUUGUAUUCUGAGAAAUAUAACAAAAUGAAGUGAGUUUAUGUUUAAAAUGAACAGACAUCUGUUUUGAUCUUGUUUUAAUCAUAAACUCAUGUUUCACACAUGACAUUUUUCACUUUCUAAAAAAAUAAGACUUCUUAUGUCAUUUGGCAUCUUAAGUAAAUGCGUCUUUUAAUAGUUUUUAGAUAUUUGCACUGGAAUACAAAACAAAAACACCAACUUUUAGAAAAUGUAUUCAUAGAUCUGAGGGAAACACAUGCAGUUUCAUGUACUUUGCUCACUGGCAUCGAAGUGAAUCGUGAUUUUAUCUUGUUUCUAGCUAAAGUCUAAUAUCAGUGUGAAACCUCAGUUCAGGAAGUGUUUGCAGUGUAUUUCUGUUAUAGAUAUCUGAAAGUGAAUUGGUUCCCCUUUCAGUAUCCAGACAUGAUGAACAACAGUUUCACACAUACUAAAAUCAGCACUCACCACACAUUAACUCCUCGUUCUGUUGCAUUUUCACUUGGAACAAACAUAGGGACAUUUUAAUGAAAGUUUAUGCAAAUGUGCAUGUUUGAAUCGUUCACAAUUACACCAUUGUUGUCUCAUUUGCAUUAGUAGACACACUAAAAACCUUGUUCAGAGGAAUAACUACAGUCAUAACAGAGAAACGGCUCAUCUUUACAGCUCUGCAUGUACAUUUGGAAGCAUCAAUUAUCUAUUUAUUUAUCAAUGUAAUAUAAUCAUACUCAGAACCUUUUUUGCAUAUUUUCCCCUGACCAAUGAACUUUUCCACUCAUUUCUUUAUGAACUAGUGGGAAAAUGCUGCUUUUUUUGCGUGUUUUUCUAAUUUACAAAAAUGUUCAGUAUGAUUUCAGCAUAAUAACUGGAGCAAAAAGUUUAAAAAUAAACAAGAAUUUGAG